AUGUUAAUCAGUAUUAAAUAAAGACACUAAAAUCGAAGGACUACUUAAAGAUUAAAAUACUUUGAGACAGUUUAAGAAUAGCCGAGAAGGGCCAGUUGUUGUUGUGAAAAUUGUGGCAAACUAACACAAUUUUAACAAAUUUAUAAGAAUUCUCCUUUGGUAGUUUAACAACAUUAAUUGAAUAAUGACCAAAAAAGUCUACUAUUUAAAUCUAAAUGUUAUAAGAAGAUGAUUUCAACAAGUUUUCAUAUCUCAAACAAGAUUUCAAUUUAAAUAAAAAAAAGAAGACAUAGUUGUACAUGCAAAGAAUGUGGUUAAGAAACUCUUUUUUAAAUGACUAGUUGUUCUAAAAUUCCUGCUAGAUAACCAAUGAAAAGUGCUCAUUUCAAAAGUUUUAUCAUAAAGAAGUCACUUGGAAAGGUAUUUUAAGAAUUUUAAGGAGCAAAAAAAAGUAAUCCAUUAUUGACAUCUCGAUCGCAUAAAGAUAUUUUAACUAAAUCUCCUCUAUUAACAAAUAGAGUAAAAGCAGGAUCGUGUCUAUUAGCAAUUUAGAAUUCAGAUAGUUUUAAAUAUUAAAAUAAAGUCAAUAAAUAAUUAAUGGAAUAAAAGAGAUGUAAGAUAAUAAACUCAUAAGAGAAAGUCAAAAUAUUUAUAAACAAACACGAGAAUAAAAAUCCAAAAAUUAGAUUAAAGACGCUAAUAAAUUGA